GAGUACGACGGUCGUACGAAGACUUGGGGACGCAUUCAUUUCAACAUGGUCGACUACGCGCAGGAGCUGAAGGAGAUCGACAUACCGCCGCAGCGCCGCAAGGACAUCGAGUCAGCGGUUACGCCGAGCGAAGCCACCCAACUUCGAGCAAUCCUAGGACAACUGAUGUGGCUGGCGACUCAAGGAGUACCUCUGAUAUGUGCAGAGCUGUCCUUGCUACUCGCGUACACGAACACGGCCGCCAUCAACGCGCUCUUGCAGGCCAACAAGUUGAUUCGGAGAGCGAAGACAGAGGUCCAGAAGGAGUUGAUCAUGGAGAACCAUCUCAACCCUUGUAUCGUGGGGUAUCCGGAUGCCGCCUGGAAUGUUCGACGAGAUGGUUCGUCGCAAGGAGGCUUCCUGAUCUUCAUGACAGAGUGCAACCUAAUGCAUAAUAAGGAGGCGCAGAUUUCACUAAUAGCAUGGGCGUUCGCGAAGCUACCUCGAGUGUGCAGGAAGGAGUUCGAGUGCGGCAGAAGUACAAGCGGCCAGCGAGGAGCCCUCGUACUGGACUGCAGUGGCGUGUUCGAUGCGUUGGACAAGUCGGAGAGCAGCGCGCUGGGCCUGAAGGACAAGAGGCGCGCACUGGAAGCCCUGGCUCUGAAGAGAGGCAUGGCGGCGACAGCAACUUCAUUGCGGUGGUGUCACAGCAGCGCGCAACUGAGCGACUGCAUGGCGAAGAACUCCGAGAAGGCGAGAGCGAGCUACAACUUGUGGCAACAACGAGGAAGCUGGAAGCUGAUCUACGACGCGAACUUCAUUUCGGAGAAAACCAGAAAGAAGAAAGGCAUGGACACUCUCGACCAGGAUACGUUCUUCGCAGUGGAUGAAGAUGAUGCGUGGCAACUAUAUCCGGAUGACUUGGAGAUCGAGACGGAGUCGGAGAUCGUG